GCUAUAUAUAAAUUCGAAUCGUGCAUUGUGAGUUUAUUAUCGUUCGUGGUUUCGUCCUGAGUAAUUCUACGUUUACUUUUUCGUGUACUCGAACUUCGAAGUAUCGAUACCUUAUUCGCGAUGGCUCGUGCUAUUGAUUUAUUAUUCAUCUUGGGUUGUUUCGUAGCCUUCUUGGAAUCAUGCUCUGCUUUGGCUGUAAAAGAUAAACGUGGUGCUGCUGCAACUUCCCAAGCGAACGCAAGUUGCACUUGUGGAGUAUUUUUGAGCAGUCAGAUUGUCGGAGGAGCUGUUAAAUCCAUGUUGGAAAAUCCUGCCAUUACUGUUGACGUUGAAGAACCGGUCAAUUGCGCAAAUACUGCUCAAUGUUCGACGAAAUGUUUCGAAGAGAUGGUGAAAUUCUUACCUACCAGUUCAUCCAUCAUUUGUGGUACUGUUGAUCGUGAAGUUUAUAAAGAAAAGGCUCAUUUAUUCUUGAACGUCUGCGACCAAGGAUGGAAGAAAAGCAAGAUCUCUACUCAAAAAGAAAUCUGUUGCAAAGAUUCAACCUCCUACAAAUGUCCAGCUACAAAGGAGUGAUUGUCAUGUUGAUCAUCUAAUAUUAUUAUUUAUUCCUAUUUAUGGCGUUGUUUUAAUUUAUUUCAUUUAUUUAUUUUCUGCUGCAAUUUUUUCGAACUAAAUAAUUAAUUACUUACUUACUUACCUCUCUUUUGAGUUUUGAUUUUGGCAAAAUUAAUAAAUUGACUCAUUUUA